AUGGCUUGCAUAUUUUUUUUUGUUAUUCAUGUUGAUCCAUAUUCAUAUUGAUUACGUGUCGUGUUUUUUUUUCUUUUUUUUUCUAGUUUUUUAUCCUACUUGUAAUAGCGUUUGCUCCAUUUGAUUCUCGGAAAAAAAGAAAUGAUAUAAUAGAUACGCGGAUAGAUGAAAUAAUAAUAGUAUAAUACGUAAAGUAAUAUUACAUUUUCAUAACUGGACUACGUGUUUCAAUAAGCCACGAGGAAUAUUUUAAUACAACUUGUUUCUAACGGAAGUUUAACAGUACAGGGCUAUCUUGUCGGAAAAUAUCUUAGCGUUAAUAAUCUGUAAUAUAAAUUCUCGAUGCAUUCGUGUAUCAUCAGAAGGGCAGAUUUCGGCGAUGGCGCCGAAAAACUCCGCCACUUGUCUGGCCUGGCGAUGAUGGCAUCAAUCCUGAAGUUGCCGCGGCGCAGGUGUCACUCGGGCAAAAAUGGCGUGUACACACACGCAUGCGUAUACGUGCGAUACGUGUCGUGUGUGCGCGCGCGCGCGCAGCAGGUCGCGUUCGCGCAACUCUUCUUCCUGCCAUGUGUUGGUUCGUGCGCGCUUGGAGGGACACGCGGCUGAUUAGAGGCGCGUGAGCGUGUCUCUCGCGAACGAGUGCACGCGCCCCCGCCUCCCCCGUCCCCGCCGCCGACGCGGUAACGCGUGGUUGUGUCGCGCGCUCGGAAUACAUCAGAGUUUCUCGGAAGCGGCCUCGAAGCUAGCCUCGAAAACUAUCGCGCGAACGGACAUCUCCAUCGGAAGCGUAGCGAUUAGCGGUUCGUCCUCCCUCCGUCCUUGUUUCUCUCGCUCCGUUCAAAUCGUCCCCGGUGCAUCUCGGGGGACUACGAUGAGCCUGCGCGCGUCAUUGACAGCUCCCCGUAAAGGAAUUCCGCUGAUGCCCCAUUCAUGAGAGAGUCCUGCGUCAGCGAUUGUUGGAUGUAAGUAGAUAUCGAGUUGGGUUAGGUUGCGCGAUAAUACGCGUUGUAUAUAUUUCGCGGUGUUUUGCCGCCUAAGAUACAUUUUUUUGUUAUAUAUAUACAUAUGUAUGUAUGUAUGUAUGUGUGUACGUGUCCGUAUAGUUGUGUAUGAGCUGCGUGUUUACAUGCGCGAGACGCGCCGCUAAGUGUGCCUCUUAUUAUUCAAGAGAGAGAGAGAGAGAGAGAGACGGUGUGUUACGAAUAAAUUACUGACGACUUCACAUUUAUCGCAUUUUUACUCGUAUAUUCGAUUACACGACCAAGAGAAACUGUUACGAUCUGUUUACGAGCGCGUUGGAAAUCCCACCUGUGUGAAAAAGUUAUGUAUACAUACGUAUAUGCACGCGACUUUAUUCAAGUUUGUUCAAGCUUCUCUAUUUUGUGGAAUGUGAUGAAACGAUGUGCGACGUUCUUAUGAUUUAAGAAAAAUUUUCUAUUGUGAAUAAGUGUUCAUGCUCUUUAACUAAGCUAACAUUAAGUAUCAAAAUAGGAAUAUAUUGGGAGUUAAAAAUUUAUAAAGAUUCUUUAGAAUUGGGACGCAAUAAUAUAUACAUAAAUAUAAUAUAUACAAGAAAGAGAAAAACGGAAACAUGGAUAGAGGACAUGGUGCCACCUACGCAGGAGGUGAUAACCACCUACUCGAAUACUGGGAGGAAUAUCAGAAAAUGAUAGAGGAGACAAAAAUGUUGGAUGAUUAUUUGGAUGAAGAAUGCAGUCCACGUAGUUAUGAUGAAGGGGAAGAAGAAGCUGACUGGUUACGUGCAGCAGGUUUAGGACAGUUAACAGAAGCAUGGAAAGCAGGAAGAGAGGUACAACCAGAAGAAUUAGGUGCAGCCUUACGUCCGCUGUCGCGAGCUCAGGCAGAAGCUGUGAAACGUCGCGUAAGAUCGCUUAAUCAUACAGUUAAGCAACGUUUUAAUCAGCGCCAACGUGUUCGUAAACCGGAUAUUAGAGAUGUCUUUAAAGAUGUAGAGGUAUCCAGUACAGGUACACGCUCACGUAGUGCUACUCCUGAUUCAUUGGAUUCGAUUCCAGGCGCUACAUCAGAAAAUGCAUCACCUCCUUCACCCCCGACAGUCAAUGUCAUUGAAGAUACACACCAAAACGCUAGUGUUCCGAGUUUUGUAUCCAUAUUCCAUCGAACGACAAAUGAGGGAAAAACAACAGUUCGUAGAACACCAAGUGCUCCGCAAACAGUGCUUAACUCUAUAUCAAUAUCUACUCCAACUCCUGCUGCACCUGUACAAGAGAUUUUCCGGAAAACCGGCAAUUGGUCGCGAGGGGAUGUCGCAAGUGAUUCUGAAGGGAUUCAGCUGACCGGUUAUCAUAGAUUGGGAACGAUACACAUUGCUAGACCAGUUCAAAGACAUAAUGAUGAUUUCAAUAGUGUGGCAAACACAGCGCAUAUAGAUACCGAGUCGGUUAGAAAAUUGACCGCACCAAAAGAAUCGACUCUUCGACGAAGUGCAGGAAGUCAUGCAACAGUAACUCGAAGUCAUAGCAGUUUAUAUGGCUUGACUAGGCCGGCAAAUGAAAAUUUAAUAGCUCGUCCAUUAAGUCGCACGUCGUCGCAUGGUCAUCUUAGUUUCGAGGAAAUGUGCAGAACUAAUGAAACUAAAUCUCAAUGGUCUUCCGACACUCUUGUAGCUCAUGACGAUUAUGCCCGGCAGGAUGUAGAAUUAUUAUCGCAACGAGAUCUUACAAGGUUGCAACCCCUAUUAUGGCUUGAGCUCACGGCAAUUUUCGAUAAAUAUAAUAUACCGCUCACGAGACGAAAACCUAAUAAACGAAGGAGAAAAACUGGAAAUUUGUUUGGCGUUUCUUUAUCGACACUAUUGCUCAGGGAUAGUCAAUUAACAAGCGAAGAGAAUAACAUACCGUUAGUAUUUCAAAAGAUUCUUAAUGAACUGACAAAACGUGGAGUAAAAGAAGAAGGUAUUCUCCGUGUCGGAGGCCAUAAGCAGAAAGUAGAGAUUAUUUGUACAGAGCUAGAAACAGAUUUCUAUUGUAAACCGAAAGAAAUGGACAAAUUGUUUAAAUGUACUUCCUGUCACGAUUUAUCAGCCAUUUUGAAAAGAUUGUUACGCGAUUUGCCGCAACCUCUUCUUACUGUCGAGCUGAUUGAUGCUUUCUAUCAAAGUCAUGGUGUGAAGAAUCCCAAUGACUUGGUAUAUUCUCUCAAUCUGCUGGUGCUAUUGCUGCCCGUCGAACAUCGGUGUACUUUAGAAGCAUUGUUGAAUUUCUUGAAACUGAUCAUUGAAAAUCAGGCAUCGAACAAAAUGUCAAUACACAAUGUGGCGAUGAUAGUGGCACCAUCUCUAUUUCCACCUCGCUACAUUCACCCUCGGGACCAUACCGAUCUGACCGCUCAAGUAAACAUGGCUGCCAUAUGCUGUCAGGUAACGGAAGCUCUACUUAAUAACGUCGACAAGUUAUGGUAUGUACCGACGGAACUUAUAAAUCAAUUACGGAGACAGUCCGAAGUGGAGAGAUAUCGUAAGUACAAAAAGAGAUAUUACUGAUUAGGAUCAGUUAAUUUAAAAUUUACACGUAACCUCAAACUUUGUUAUACUUUCAUAUUAAGUUGUAUAAAAUGUAUUAACAAAUCAAUUUUCAUAAGAAUUAUUUAUUAGUAAUUCUUAAAGGCAUUGAUAUAGUGCGUUACACGUAAUAUUACAUAUAAUGAUGGUGCCUGUCUGCAUAUUAUGAGAUCUGCAGCAUUUUGUCUUUAUUUUUGUU